GUACAAUGCUUGCUGGAUGAGGGCUUCUUGCACUUUAUUUGCAACCCGGCAGAGCUGGUUGGGUAUUGGGAUCAGCUCCUACGAGACUUUCCUCAACACCCUGCAAGCCAGCGCCGCAACAAUAGUUUUCCUAUUUCCCUCUAUGGAGAUGAAGGAUCGGCCCUCAAUGCAUCGUGGAUGACAUUCCACUUUCAGUGUGACCUAAGCCCUGCAUUGACCAACGCUGGAGUUUCGCGCUUCUUGAUCACCACAAUACCUUCGACCCUGUACAUCUAUGACCAGGAAGGGGUCAACUUGACGCUGCAGUCGGCGGCUCGUUCCAUUACAGAGUCGCUCAACAAGCUGUCUACAGAUGGAGUGGUCGUCAGGGAUCGCUCGACAGGAGAGGUUUGUGCUUUCCAUGGCUUCGUCGUCAACUUCAAAGGAGAUUGGAAGUAUUUGGCGCAGUUGUUCAACAUGACCAAAACAGCCCAAAAGGAGGAGGUGUGCUGGAAAUGCGGUGCAACAAAGGGGACCAAUGACCCCGAGUUGUGCUACGUGAACUUGAGCCCUGAUGCACCGUGGCGGGCUGUGGUGACACCUCCAUGGACACAACGUCCGGCCUACGCCGACCUAGUGAAAGAGCACUACUGGCAUGGUGCCAACAUCGAGCUUCGACUAGCCCGUGCGAGUGGCUCUUUGAG